AUGGAGUUGGUCGGAUCCAGACGAAUCCACACAACAAUGCAAUCAAAACUCCGAUCACCACGUCUCCUCCUCCUCUCCCUCCUCCUCCUCCUCUUCCUCUACUCCACCACAACCCUCCUCCGCCGUCCCACCUCCCCUCCGCCGUGCGAUCUCUUCUCCGGCCGAUGGAUCCACAACCCUAAACCCCCAAAUCCCCUCUACGACGAGACCUGCCCGUUCCACCGAAACUCAUGGAACUGCCUGCGAAACAAGCGCGAGAACAUGGGCGCCAUCAAUUCGUGGAGGUGGGCGCCCGAUUCGUGCGAAUUGAGCCGGGUCGACCCGACCCGGUUCUUGAGGAAGAUGAGGGGGAAGAGGAUCGGGUUCGUUGGGGAUUCGUUGAACGAGAAUUUCGUGGUGGCGUUGAUGUGUGUGCUUAGGGUUGGGGAUGAGAGUGGUGUGAAGUGGAAGAAGAAGAGAGCUUGGCGUGGCGGUUAUUUUCCCGAGUUUGAUGUUACUGUGGGGUAUCAUAGAGCUGUUCUUCUUGCUAAGUACAAGUCGCAGCCGAGACCUUCUGGAGAAGCUGAUGAAGACGGAGUUAAAGGAACUUAUAGAGUAGAUGUUGAUGUUCCUGCUGAUGAGUGGAUCAAUGUCACUAGCUUCUACGAUGUUCUCAUUUUUAACUCUGGCCAUUGGUGGGGUUACGAUAAGUUUCCUAAAGAGACACCUCUUGUCUUCUAUCGAGAGGGAAAGCCGAUACAUCCUCCUCUUGAUAUAUUGCAAGGCUUUGAAGUAGUUGUUCAACAUAUGGUUUCUUAUAUCCAACGACAUGUCCCGGCAAAGACCCUUAAGUUCUGGCGCUUGCAGUCACCAAGGCAUUUCUAUGGCGGUGAUUGGAACCAGAAUGGUAGUUGUUUGCUCGAUAAACCACUCGACAAAGACCAGCUUGACUUGUGGUUUGAUCCCAGGAACAACGGAGUGAACAAAGAAGCAAGAAUGUUUAAUCAAAUUAUCAAAAACGAGCUGCGAACAACAGAGAUCAAGCUACUUGAUCUGACCCAUCUAAGCGAAUACAGAGCAGAUGCUCAUCCUGCUAUCUGGUUAGGGAAACAGGACGCUGUGGCCAUAUGGGGACAAGACUGUAUGCAUUGGUGCUUACCUGGUGUUCCAGACACAUGGGUCGAUAUCUUAGCUGAACUCAUUCUCAGUAACACGAAAACAGAGUGA